AGAAAAAGUCAAAGCUGUCAUUCGCAUUUUCAAUCUUUUCAUUGUGCUUUACGUUUACCUUCGCCACACACUGCGCAUCUUUGUACUUCCUUUCUCCUUUAAAAAGCAAACAAAACCUCCGUCAUAGCACUAGCUGUUGUUGUAGCUGUCGGAACUUCUCUGCACGAAAAAUGUUACACGUAGAAUUUUUACCAUCAUCAUCAGCAAAGUUGUCCCCAACUACUCGUGAAGAGGCGACGAAUUUAUUUGAGUUUGAUUUAAUAUUAGAUUUAGUAACAGCUCCACCUCCAACCUUCAAGGAAGUUACCAAGACAGUUAAUAGAGCGUUUUCUUAG